AGCUGAGACAAAUGUAAACCUGGAGUUUGCAGGACAUCAUCUCAUGCUCCUAAUGACCAUAUAAAGCUAGACUUGUCUUGCCUGAUCUCAGACACAGCAGAAGUGGCCAAAAUGCAUUCACACACAUACACAAUCACUUGUAUGGCCCUCUCAUAGGCGGUCACACUCCCCCUAAAGUGGUCACACACACACACUGUGAGUUUAAUUGCUUUCCUGUGGAGAAAAAUCCCCCUUCUCCUGACUGUUACGGGGGUUUGUCCGCACAGGAAACAUGAACCUCUUCCUGCAUUAGCCGGUCACUCUUACAAUCUGCUCUCUGACUCUCUUUGCCUCAGCGGGCCUGCUGUUAGUUAUCACUGUCAGAGGCUGAGGUUGAAGAUAAGGCCAGACUGUCACUGAGAGGCUUCUCCUGCAGAAAUCAUGGAGAGAGAUAUUAAAAGGAGAAACACAUGUUGCAGUUAAGGACAUUCCAGUGUUUGUUUGUGAUGUUUUUCAUUGUCAUUAUGUCUAUGCCAUGCACAUCUUGUUAGCCUCACAGGAGAGUGGAGGAGAGGGUCCCUGCCCCCACAGCACUUUAUAAACUCCUACCUAACAAGAACAAUCUGUGUGAAGGCCGCAGAGCUCAGACACUCACUGGGAGGCUGAAGGGGGAGGAGAACAGUGGAGAGGCACUAUCCAGACAAACCUCCAGCCUGAAAUCUGAAACUUACAGAAGUGGCGUGGCUCGCCGAGCAUUUGCAACUCUUUGCCGUGCUGUCUGUCCCUCACAGUUUAUUUUUUCCAGACCGGUUUCACACAUCAUCCCUCAGAGGGGAUUCCAACAGAGAGACUUCUCCUGCCACAGUGGAUGAUCCUGAGGGGAAACCAUGCUCCCGAUGGCCCUUCAUCUAUUCGGUCUCUGCGUGGUGUUUUGCAUCAGCAGCAGCUUGGCCAACCCAUUAACUUUUUACAGUCCUCUCGAAGGAAGUACAGAUGUGGAAGAAAUCAGUAUCUUAACUUCCUCUCUGCCCACUGGCAACCUUUCCUCUGAGUAUCAAACUACUGGCCACCUUUCCUCUGAGUACCAGACCACACCUGCUGGCCCCGUCCAUGUGGAAAUUGACUUUCUGACUCAAGUGGUGGACUUUCUGCUGCAGAACAUGCUCCUUAUACUUGUCGGAGGCUCCUUCAUCCUUCUUGUCCUCCUCAUUAUUUGUGGAGCAAUCAUAAUGAGCCGCAAGCGCAAAGUCAAUGCCUACUACCCGUCCGCCUUCCCUUCAAAAAUGUACGUGGACCACAUGGACAAAACCGGAGGAGCUAAGAUCUUUGAUGAAGUGCCAGAAAAACCCGUACCCGAGCAGGAAAGUGAGCCAGUGGACUCUCACAAGCAGCUCCAGGCGGACAUCAUGAUGGCUGCCAAGAGGCUGCGUACACCAAAUAAAGGUGUGGAUGCUGCAGAGGGAGGAGAACCCAGUGAGAAAGUAGCAGACCAGAGUCCUGACAGCUCUCAGGCAGAUGGCAGUAUCCUGGAGGAGCUGCUUCCAACUCUCCCUGAGGAGAAGGAGCUGUGUGAGCUUUCUGACAGUGAAGCAGCUGCAGCAGGAGGCCCCGAGACGAAUCCACCAGAAGAAGAGGAUCCACAGGAGCCUUUGACUGGCAGGAGUCUCCGGCCGUCCUCUAUGAUUAUCCACAAUGACUCUGCUUCACUUCAGCUGAUCGCAGGAGAGAAAACUGCCUUCUGAAUAUUCUGAAAACUGACAUUAAAGCUUUGACUCCAUGAAUGACAAUCACUCAACUUAAAAAAAACACCACAUUUCAAUCACAGCCAUUUUUGCAUGUUAAUAUUAAGUGCAGGGAAGGUGCACGCUGAAGGCUGUUGCUUUGCUCAGAAAAUUAUUUCCUGCAAUAUUCCAAACAUGACUCACAAACUACCGUCAUUAAAAUCUGGUUCAGAAC